AUGUCGAUUUGGGAUAAACUCACCGGCCGGAAGUCGUCCUCUUCAACGACGUUCUCGAGCGCAUCUCCAACCUCAAACGCCCCUGCCGACACUUUCCAGCCUACUCCGUUCGAUCCUCAAGAAGCGCAAGAUGUGUCGUCUUUCCUCACAGGACCUUCCUUCGUCGAUCCCUCACAAUUGCAUCCUCUCGCGGGCUUAAAUCAACAGGCCCUGGACUACUUAUCUCUCGAAGACUCGGCGUUGUCAGAUCUGCCUGGGUCGCAAUCAGCUCUUCCGUCGCGAGGGUGGUCGGAUGAUUUAUGUUAUGGCACUGGUGUUACUUACCUCACUGCGUUGACCGUUGGAGGAGCUUGGGGGUUGCAAGAAGGAUUGAGGCGGUCACAUAACCAACCACCGAAGUUGAGGUUGAACUCGGUGUUGAAUGCUGUGACGAGGAGAGGACCGUUCUUGGGAAACUCGGCUGGUGUGAUAGCCAUGGUGUACAAUGGUUUCAACUCUUUUAUUGGGCAUAUGCGGGGGAAACAUGAUUCGGCAAACAGUAUUGUGGCAGGCGCUUUGAGUGGAAUGCUCUUCAAGAGCACAAGGGGUAUUAGACCCAUGAUGAUUUCUGGAGGAAUUGUAGCUACGGUGGCAGGUGCAUGGGCUGUAACAAGAAAGGCGUUGUUUUGA